GAGUGGCUCCAUGUAUUUAUAUUUAGAAUUUAAAAAAAUAAAAAGAAAAAACUCAUUUCGUUCAGUCAGUCCCAUUUUCGUUGAUUUUAAGCUCUCCGACGACGAUCAGAGGCGUGGUGGUCGGCGAUAUCAUCUCCGCCACUUCUUCGUCCGAUUACAGAGAAGCCAAAUAAGUCAUGAAAGACUUGGAGAAAAGGGCAUUGGGAGAGGAACCAUAGAGUGGUUUGUUGCAUUAUAUUAAGAUAUCAUUUCUACAUAUAAGAUGGAACACAAUUGGGUAAAACUCAGGAGUAGAGCCCAUCCUGAGUAUAGACAAGGAGUUAAAGACUUCCUAGAUUUUGCAUUUGAGCAUACAACAAUGGGGAAUAAAAUUUUUUGUCCAUGUAAGCGAUGCAACAAUUACUUUGCAAAGACUCGAGAUGAUGUUGAGGGUGAUUUGCUUACUAUUGGUAUUCUCCCAAGCUAUACUCGAUGGUUUAGACAUGGUGAGGAGAGACGUUUUGAGACAUGUGAUUCUUUGAAUAGUGAUGAUGAGUCAGAUAAGGAUGGCGAGUUAGAUGAGGAUGGCUUGAGUGAGAUGGAAGAAGAUUAUUGUGCAGUUUUCAAAGCAACAAGUUGUAUAGCUGGAGAUUCAAGUGGCAAUGGUACUCCUAAAGGGAAGAAAAAAAGGAAGAAGAGAGGGCGAGGGCCUACUCGGAAUCUUAAAUUGUCCAAAGAGUUCAAAGGGGGAGAAAAAUAUGAAAUCAGUUGGUUGAAUGGAAGACCUAUAGGGCCUCAUGCUCGUGCUUUAAUAAAUGAAUGUACAAAACUUGUUAGGGAACAAGAAAAUGUACCUCUAAAGUUCACAGAUUGGAAAAAAGUACCCGAUAUCAACAAAAGGAAGCUUUUUGAUAAAGUAUUGGAGUAUUUCAAAGUUGAGGGCCGAGAGAAAGAGGUUUGGCGACAAAUGGGUAAUUCUUACUCAAAUUAUCGUGACUUCCUAAAAACAAAUUGGUUUAAGCCAUAUGGUGAAGCAACGGAAGAGGCGCGAGCUAAUGUUCCACCUGGAGUAGAGAGGGAUGAUUGGAACUGUCUUGUGGAUUUGUGGACCAACAAAGAUUAUAUGGACAUGUGUUUGAUAAACAAGAACAAUCGGAGCAAAAAUGAUAUUGUCCACACUUCUGGAUCAAAAAGUUUUCAACAACGGAGUGCGGAAGAGAAAGAGAAGACGGGUCAUGACCCUACAAGAGUUCAAUUAUUUGACGUCACCCAUGUGCAACCUAAUGGGCAAGCAGUAAAUGAACCAACACAAGAUGCAUUGAUGGCUUUGAGGAAUCUUACUGCUCAAGUGAAUGAGGGAGCAUUGCAUAUGUCUCAAGACCAAAUGUUUACGGAGGUGUUUGGACCUGAGCGUCAUGGACGAGUUCGUGGCUAUGGGGCCGGUAUUACUCCUACAAAGUUAAAGGGCUCCUCCUCAUCCAUAAUGCAUGACCUUGAGAAACAACUCCAGGAAUCUGAGCAAAAACGUGUGGAGGCAGAUGCAGAAGCUAAUGCUAAGGUUGAGUUGUUGAAAGGAGAGGUAGAUCAACUUAAGAGCAUGUUGGAACAACAAGCUAGUCAAAUGGCAGAACAAAGUAGACGUUUUGAAGAUAUGAUGGCGCAAGUGAUGAGUUGUAUGACCUCACAAUCAGCUCAAUCAAAUAGAGCUUUACCAUCAGCUUCAAGAGAAACAACACGAAAUAGAAGGACAAAGAGAAAAUAAUUCUGAUUGAUAUGAUCGCCAAAGAAAGGGACCAGCAAAUUGUGGAAGAGAAGUUAAGAGUAAGCCAAAAAAAAAAAAAUCUGAUUGUAAAUUUAACAAAGAUGCAUAUGGUGAAAUGUGGUUUUUUUUUUUUUUUUUUUUUUUUUUUUGAUGUUUUAGUUUAUCAUGUUAGGAUUUUGGAACACAUCGAAAGAGAUUUGGAGCAUGUUAUAUAAUAUUGUGUUUUGAGAUA